AUGGGCGACGCCAAAACUAUUCUUAAAACGAAGAAAUUAGCUCCACCAAAAAUGACCGGUGGUGGACAGAAGACUGCCCCUAAAGAAACAUACGAAAAGAGGGUACUAGAUACACGGUCUGAAGUUUCAGGAGAUGUUGGUGGUAAAGUUUGUUUACACGAUCACCAACGACUGGAAAAUACAUAUAAAAUGGUACCAGAUGAAGAACAACGAUUUAGAACAUACAAGGUAGAAAAUCUAAUGAAGGACAUGCUUAAAGAGAGAUUGGAAGGGGUAUCUUACGACGGACCACAGUGUGGUAUCAUAGCAAAAGAAUUAUCAGCGGACAUAAAAUUGAAGGUCAAAGAUCUAAAGUGGUCUCGUCACAAGGUCGUGGUACAGGUUUUGGUAGGCCAGGACUCGGAGCAGAGUGUGCAUUUCGGAAGCAGGUGUCUUUGGGAUAAAAACAAUGAUUCUUUUGCAUGUGCCAAGUACAAAAAUGAAAAUGUGUUUGCCGUGGCAGCAUGCUUUGGUAUUUACUAUGAAUGACGGGUCAUUUUUUAAACAUUUUUUAUUCAUGAUGUGAUGCCCCAAAAGCAGCUGAGAGGAGAUAUAGUGGUUAGAUGUUUACUUUAUGAGAGU